AUGAAGAUGAUAGAAGCAUUUAAUCCCGUCGCGAGACCGACGGGCUGUGGGGACAAUAAAACAAAGAGGCCCGUAUCUCGCCCGGAGCGCUACGUCCGCGGCGGGCGCCCGCCCCGCCAAUCAGGGGCGGCGGGCGCUGCGCGACGCCCCAAUGGGGCGCUACGCCGCCGCCCCCGCUUAGCGCGCACGAGCAUGAAUGAGACGCAGCAUCCCCGCAAAGGGACGCACAUCGAUCACCGUGGUGUGGGAGCAGGCCGUUCCGUUUCGACGCGGGGGCGUCGUAGUGCGGUCCUCUCGCGCAGUCGCGGACAAUUAGUGCGCGGGGCGGGCGGCCGUCGCUCGGCGGACGUCACUAUAAUGUGGUUAGUCAGUGAGCGUCGGGGCCGCGCCGACGGCGAGGGCACGGAGCACGAGGCGAGAGGCGCGGUGGACGCGCGCUGCUACGGCACGGUGGAGUUCAAGAGCGCGGCGUGCGCGGGCGCCUCUGAGCCGCCCGCGCCGCCAAUCGCCGCGCUGCCGGACCCGCAGCAGUUCAACAUAUUCCCGGCGUUCUUCAGCCGCCAGCUGAACUUCACCGGCGGCGGCGGCUGCGGCCAGGGCGCCAAGAUAAUGGAGGAGCUCAGGCCGAACCUGGUGGGCGGGCUGCUCGGCGUGCCCGGGCUGCUCGACGAGCACCAGGGCGACGCCAAGUACCUCCAGUCAGCCGAGAGCAAGUACACGCCCGACAAGGGGCGCAAGUGCAGCAACGCCUCGUCCUCGUCGGCGGAGGAGUUCGGCGGCCUCUACGGCGGCGAGCACGCGGCGACGCCGCCCGCGCCGCUCAGCCGCUCGCUGCAAGACCACUCAGCAGAAGGCGCGUUUAAGAAAUUAAAACCGGAGCCGGGCGGGACUACGGGUACCGGGACAUCUGGAUCCACGUCCGCGCUUUCCCCAGCGCUGGGACCGCAACACGCUGGCCACACGCCCACUACAGCCUCUUGUCCCACGCCAGCACGGCGAAGACAUAGAACUACUUUCACACAGGAACAAUUAGCGGAAUUAGAAGCAGCCUUCGCAAAGUCGCAUUACCCCGACAUUUAUUGCCGGGAAGAGUUAGCGAGAACGACAAAACUAAACGAGGCGAGGAUACAGAGGAAAUUUCGAUAUAAAAAUACGGCGCCGACGGGCGCGGGCGGGGAGUUGGGGGACGCGGGGCGGGGGUGGCCCCUGAGGCAUUGCAAUCCCAUCAAAUGGAUCCGUAACGAAGUUAGCCGCUCAUCCUCCCCGCGCUCACCCCCCCCCCCCUCCUUCGACAUUGUCUCUGCCCUCAAA